AUGCAGAACCCCUGGAAGAAAUUAGUCCUGGGGCAGAUUGAUUAUGUGACCACCUUUUUGACCCUCCACACGGAUGCAGAUGCUACAGUGGCGAAGCCUCACUUUGCACCUGCGCAGAACUCUUCGGUGCUCUACUAUGUAGAUGAUGAGACCAUGACAGGCAAGAUUGGGCAGAUCUUUGGAAAGAGUGACAGCGACCUCCUGUUGACGGUGCAUGCUGACCAGGAGGUCAUCCGAUCGGAGAAGGUGAAGACCCAAUAUGCUUGGACUCACCACUUCUUCUCCCUGUGGGAGUUGGCCAUUUCCCGCCGCUUCGUGCCCAUGUUCGAUGCGGACCACGGGCUCUACUUCGCAGGAGACUGGAUGCAAGGUGUGGGGCACGAUGAUGCGAUCAAGGCCGGUGUGGCGGCCGCAUGCAAGGCAGGAAUUCGCGCUGAACUUCCCGAAGGACACGCUGCACGACAGCUGUAUCGAAACUUGCUUCUGGACAUAUGCCUGGAUUCCGCUCCCUUAGCGGAGUCGGAGCGCAACCCCAAGAGCCGAUGA